GCGCGACAAACUGAAUUGUGAAGCCCCAAACCGUUGGGCAGCAAGCCCUCUCCCAUCAUGCUCCUCUACCUCUUGCUCAUCCUCCUCUUCCUCGCCUUCUACUACCACCUCUAUAUCGCAACCCUCAUCUCCUCCCCCCAAAUCCACCUCUCACCCACCUCGCUCAGAAGCCCCUACACCCUCCCUUCCGAACUCCUGCGCGCCUACACCCGCAUCUUCCUCAAAGCCAUCGGGCUCAACCUCCGCAAACCAGCGCGGUCUGAGGUCGCGGCUAGGAGGGCGAAGGGGAUUGAGAUUACAUCUCCGGUGGUGGUUGACCGGGUGCAUUUGGAGCGGUAUGUUGGGUUGAUUCGGCCUGGCCGAAGCAGCGAGAUCGCAGAUGAUGAUGUUCUCCCGCCGUUCUACUUGAACGCCGUUGCGGGGUUCCUGCAGGUGCUGUUCCUAUCGCACCCUGACUUCCCGUACGCAGCUCUGGGGGCGUUGAAUGUGCGGAAUCGGAUCACCGUCUACCGCCAUCUGACUGUGAGGGAAUGCACUGGUGCGGAAGGACUGGAAGCGGUGUGCAAGCUCACCGAGAUCCGCGCCGCCAGGCGCGGGACGGAGCUCGAUCAGUUGAUCUCGGUGUUUCUGGACGGGGUGCUGGUUUGGGAUUGCGUGUUCACCAUCCUAGUCCUGGGCAAGUCGGGCGCAUCUGCCUCGAAGGGCCCUUCUGAACCAGAGUCGAAUCGUGAGAAGGAAGCCGGCCCCGCCUCGCUAACCAUCACACACCCCAUCCCCCUCCCCCCGACCACCGGCGUCGCCUACGCCAAACUCGCCUACGACUUCAACCCCAUCCACAUCCACCCCUCCACGGCCCGUCUGUUCGGGUUCAAAUCAAACAUCGCCCACGGGUUAUACGUCGCCGCCGCUGCCGCCGCAUACAUCCCUGACGCUUCCACCCUCGAAUUGCCGGCGCGGUAUCACGUGCAGUUCAAGAGUCCGGUGAUGUUGCCGAGUAGCGUGGAUGUGCAGGUGUUUGAUCGGCGGGAGGGGGAUGGGAGAAGAUGGGAGUUUGUGGUGAAGCCGGAUUUUGAAAAGUCGAAGGGGAUGUAUAAUCGGGAGAAGUCGAGGGGACGGCCGUUGAUUGAGGGGUGGGUGGAGUGCGGGGAGGGUCGGACGUGACAUGGUAGAUGUCUUGAAGGGCGCGGGGGCAUCAAAUGGUAGAAACCACAAAACUAUUGUCCCAAUAUGAAUCAAUGCGCCGUGCCCGCGAUCACGCUUAGCGAGGACAGACGUACCGACCACGCAUGUCACAAAAGACGCUUCCAUUGAGAGCAGACCCCAAAAAGAAUGUACAUGCAUAUGCAAAUCAAAAGAAUGAAAUCCCCAAAAAGAACACCACAUCCCGAGAUCCAAAAAAAGAGAAGGA